GUCAGGUCGAGUGUGUGUGAGUGAGAGUGUUAGCGCCGGACUCAGAUCCCAGAGUCCAAGAAGUUCCCGAAUCCCACUCGAGUGGUUGAGCCAUAAUGAAAGACACAACCAUGACAGAAAGCUCAUCCGAGUUCCAGCAGCCCAUGGAGAACAUAUCGACGAACGUGCAGAACAAAGUGAAUUCGAUCGUGAGAGAGGUGCAGGAAUUCACAGACAGCGACAAGCACUACCUUUAUCUACAGCUCCCCAAAAUCCCCAAAACUGAGGAGGAAAGUGAUGAGUCUUUUCCGCUGAACAAAGUCGAACAGCUUCCCACCUACAGCUGGAUCCGGAGUCACCUGGAGGAGCACGCCGACUCCUGUCUUCCUAAAGAGGAGAUUUAUGAGACGUACAGGAAGCACUGUGAAGACACGAACCUGGAGACUCUGAGCACGGCCAAGUUCGGCAAGGUGAUCAGAGAGGUGUUCCCCGGCAUCGUAGCUCGGAGGCUGGGGGGUCGAGGACAGUCCAGGUACUACUACAGCGGGAUCAGGAGGAGGACGGUGCUGAACAUGGCGCUAUCACCCAGGCUGGAGGUGAGGAACCAUCAGGCGGAGCAGCUCGGCGAACAGGAAGUGACUGAAGCGGCGUGCAGGCUGAUCUGCGACUGGGCUCAGAAGGUCCUCAAGCGGCCGUUCCACACAGUGGAGGAGAUCGCACGCCACCUAGUGGAGGAGCAGAUCGUGGAGGCGGACAGCAGCUCAGCUGUACUCGUCACCUCCACCUCUCCUGAUGGAGGCUCCUCCAGAUCCAGGGAGGUGAAUACAAGGAAUGAACAGAGGAGCUCACCUGAGGAUAACAUCUCACAACUCAAAACGCUCAAGAAGAACAUCUCCAGGGACGUGCAGGACAAAGUGGAGACGAUUCUGGGAGACAUCGAGCAGCUCAAAGACGAGGAGAAACGUUACCUGUACGUGCAGCUCCCCCUGAUACCUGACACCGAGCAGGAAAGUGACGAGUCUUUUCCUCUGAACAAAGUCGAACAGCUUCCCACCUACAGCUGGAUCCGGAGUCACCUGGAGGAGCACACCGACUCCUGUCUUCCUAAAGAGGAGAUUUAUGAGACGUACAGGAAGCACUGCCACACCCUGAAGCUUCACUCUCUGAGCACGGCUAUAUUCGGCAAGGUGAUCAGAGAGGUGUUCCCCGGCAUCGUAGCUCGGAGGCUGGGGGGUCGAGGACAGUCCAGGUACUACUACAGCGGGAUCAGGAGGAGGACGGUGCUGAACAUGGCGCUAUCACCCAGGCUGGAGGUGAGGAACCAUCAGGCGGAGCAGCUCGGCGAACAGGAAGUGACUGAAGCGGCGUGCAGGCUGAUCUGCGACUGGGCUCAGAAGGUCCUCAAGCGGCCGUUCCACACAGUGGAGGAGAUCGCACGCCACCUAGUGGAGGAGCAGAUCGUGGAGGCGGACAGCAGCUCAGCUGUACUCGUCACCUCCACCUCACCUGAUGGCUCCUCCAGAUCCAAGAAGCUGAAUAAUCUGAAUCCAGCGUCACACAGAAGUGCAUCAGAGAGAGAAAUCAAAACUGAAGAACACGAGGCAUCAUCACUCACAAACAUAGACGAUAUGGAGCAGCACGUGGUGAACAUGAAACGUCCUGUAACAGAGAGACCAGCUGAAGGAUCGGCGACACACACAUCAGCGUGUAAGAGGCAGAAGAGAUGCUAACCCAGAAGAAACGACGGCGCGUCUGAAUCCACAUCAAAAACCGUUAGGAAAUCAGAAAGAUGUUCUGGAUUUUGUUGUUUUGCUGGUGCUGUCUGUGUAACAUGAAUUUCUUUUCUGGGAUUCGAACUCAUGAGCGUGUUUACCGCUGCGCCACCCGAGCGCCGCCAGCAUGAUUGUUCUUAACAGGGACCCACAGUGAGUUUAUUUGUGCUGUAGAUGUGUUUAAUUGUUCUGGACUGUAAUCAGCUGCUUUUUAAAGGUUUUAAACUGUAGAUUCACCACCAAACAGAUCAGAUUCAUUUACUGAUCUUAUUAAUAUGAUUGUAAUGGAACACAGUGCCUUAAGAGACAGAACGAUUGUUGUUUCCAUGCCCGAUCACAAUUCUUCUGCCGCUCGCACCACCCAUGCGCCGACCGAGGUGAAGCUGUGCGGUCAGGGUCCCAGGGUCCCGCUUCCCAGAUUCUCAGCACCGUAUCACGUACGGAGAGUCAGGCUACGAGUGUCAAUACGGGGGUUGGGCGGUGUACUCCUAAAUCCGCCCACGACAGGAAACCGUUACAGUAUAGAAAAGAACAAGAAGCAGUUUUUAUCUCAUAUCUGGUGUUUAUUGAAUCAGACUUUUACUAUUUUCCCAAUUUAGUCAUAUCCAAUUCACCACUGUAAACCCACUGCAGCUUGCACAACUUCUGAUCUGACUAAUGAGAGCCGGAUCAAUACACGCCCUCUCCAACUUGUGUCCAAUCAGCGACCAGUCCUGGGUUCCAGUAGGGCAGUUACAGCCUAGUGGUUAAGGCACAGGACUAGUAAUCGAAAGGUCGCUGGUUCAAGUCCCACCACUGCCAGGUUGCCACUGUUGGGCCCUUGAGCAAGGCCCUUAACCCUCGAUUGCUUAGACUGUGCACUGAAAAUGUAAAUGGUUCCCACGUAGAGAGCCGUAUAGCGUAUGGAGAGCCAGGCUUAGCUCCAUGUUGCAUGAGCUCAUGAGCUUUCAUAUCCCUCAAGUAUGCAGAACCGAGUCUGUGUGGACGCCCGAGAUUGGAACCGGUGAGCAUCGACACUUGCUAGUGGUGCGCCAGCGCGUUAGACCGCCGUGCCACCCGAGUGGCUGUAAAUCUUAUAGCUUCUUAAUAUUACAGUGACCCAGAACAGUAAAUGUGAGUGAGUGAGGUGCGAGACGUACUGCAGAUGCCGGUGAGAUUUUAAGAGCUUGAAAGUUACAGCCUAGUGGUUAAGGUACUGGACUAGUAAUCGAAAGGUCGCUGGUUCAAGCCCCACCACUGUCAGGUUGCCACUGUUGGGCCCUUGAGCAAGGCCCUUAACCCUCACUUGCUUGGACAGUAUACUGUCACAGUGCUGUAAGUCACUUUGGAUAGAAGGCAGAGCUAAUGCUAAAAUAAACAUUCUGCCUGACUUAUUUGUGUAUUUUUUAUGGACACGGUUGAAUAUGUGGGUGAUGGGUGUGGUCCGAUUCAUUAAAGCUGGUUUGAAUCUAAUCUAACCUUUGCUCCUGAUUAAAUACAUCUGAUUAAUAGAUCAUCAGACUUUCGAGACUCUUCUUAUAUUAAACCCGAACAGUAGAACCGGCCUGUCUGCUGCUCAAAAAUGCUUUGCCGAAAGUAUGUAGACACCCCUCACAGUUUAACUUUAGGUGUUCCUGCACGAUUUUCUCCCUGUAUACGAAGCGAGGUCCAUAAUAACGUGGUUCGAGUUAGGUAUGGAGGAACCGAACGCCUUUUGGAUGGAUCGGAAUGUACACCGUGAGCCAGGUCUUCCCGAACUCCCAGACGCCGAAGCGUGGUGGUGGUAGCAUCAUAUUAUGUGGCAGGGACUGACAGACCUGUUCCAGAGUGCAAACUGGAACACCGUCUGCCUGAAGAUCUGAGUGGAUCUGACAUGAACAAUGGGAUAAACUGCCCAAAUCCAAGCACACACCAUGGGUAUUAGUCAUAUCCAAUUCACCAAUGUAAACCCACUGCCGCUCGCACAACCUCUGGUCGUCCAGACCGGUCCCGGAGGCUAGUAUUGAAUAAAAGGAGUGACUAUUUUAAAUAAAACGAUUCUGGAGGAUGAAAAGCUUAAUAAAGAUUUUUUUUAUUGUGA